UGGUAAAUAAAAGUGGGAUUAAAAAACUCGAAAGCGAAAGUCGAUCCGCGCUAUUGUUUUUUUCAGGGGUCGAUACUGUACAAGGGGGCGGGAACAGGUAUGAGUAAUCUUUAAAUUCCUCCCGAUCCCGUUCGUGGCUGUCGAUAAAAUGUACAGCUAAAGCAAACAGCAACAACAACGCCCCGCAGCGAAGCGCAGCACUACAAUCGACACCCGAGCACACCACAGCCAACACAACGACGACGACGACCAGGCGGACAAAGACCAGGGCCAGAAGGGCGUUCCAGUCCAAGAUGGAGUGUGACGAUGCGGCCGUCGAGCGGCAGAAGCUGGUGUCGAACGACGAGGAGGACGACCAGAACACCAUCACGAACCUGUCCUCGAGCGGGCAGGCCAAAUCCGUACAGACACCCAUCUCGCCCGUGCUCAGCAAUAAGCUGUUUUCCAGUGGCGAAACGAGCCGAAGUCAAAACUCCACCAACUACUCGCUCGGGAAGGGAAUCGCGACCGAUGCGCCGCUGGCCACCAAGGUCAACUACGUGAAUGAACGCAAGGCGCAGGAUAGCAAACCGAAGGCGAAGAAAAUCCAACGAGAGCUCACACCGACCGGUGGCGUUCCGGUCACAGCCAAUACCGCCUCCACUUCCACCACCACCGCUACCACCUCCUCCACCAGCACCACCACCACCAACACCACAAACAUCACUUCGGCCACCGUUGCCAACAACAGCUCUGCCAGCACAAACAGUAAUCUCCCGGACGGAGCAACAACGCUAGCACCGCCGCCAUCCGUUGCCCCUAGCAACAGUGCAACCGCCGCUCGGUUGCUGAAAUCUCCACCGUCACAGUACCAGCGCCCGAAGCCGCCCGAUUCGUUGCCCUCGGCCGCCAGUAGUGGCGUUGGAGGAGGGGGAGGUGGUGGUGGUGGUGGUGCUGGUGGUACAAAGCUCCGUCACCACCCUAAUGCCCAUCCCGGCGUGUCCACGUCCACGUCGGGCAGCUCAAUAGCGCUCAAUGCAAAGACGCACAAUUUCUCGUCCCGUCCAUUAAAGCACCAUUCUUUCAUAUCAGAGGUACCCGACGUGCGGCACAUGGAGCGGGCCCUGCUCGGGCUGCUGGAAGACUUCCAUUCCGGGAAGCUGAAGGCGUUCGGUUCCGGCUGCACGAUGGAGCAGAUGACCAGCAUACGGGAGCAGCAGGAAAGUUUGGCCAAGCUACACUUUGACCUUGGCAUGACGGAAGCAUUUACCGGUGGCAGCAACAACCCGAACAACGACAACGAGCUGCAAGCGCAAAGCAAUAUGAAGAAGCUGGUGCAAAAGCUGGAACAGCUGUCCUUCUCGAUCGAGAAGCUUCACUCGAGCAAUGUGGAAAAGUGACCGCUUGACUGACACACGUAGCAGGCAGAAGAUUAGUCUUAGGAUGCGCUGAGCCCAGCCGCGGAUUGGGAUGGGAUGUGAUUUUUUUCUUCUAAAAAUCGGUAAUAACGUAAAAAGAGUGCCUAGGCGCCAUUUUCUUUCCGUGGAUCUUUCUACGGUAGUUACAUUGAACGUUUUUUGGGUUUUGAAGGGAAUAAAAACGCAAAUUUUAUGUUA